UUAAGCAUUCAAAACAAUUAGUUUUCAGACCGUUAGUAUUUACACCUGUCGCAGGUAUUCGAAAACUGUGAAGAUGGAGAGGUUACUAUUGUUGUUGUUCGUCAGUUUGUUUGGAUCAUGCCACAGCAUACAGUGUCACCAGUGCGCCAUGGUGGGAGGCGACGACUGCGGGGACUACUAUGACGGUGCGGCUAACAGCGACAACAUUGACGACUGCGAAGAUAAAGAUACCCAUUGUGUCAAAUACAAGACAAUUGUAUGGAUCGGAGACUCAGGUUAUAUUAACGGACGCUUGAGAGAGUCGGUAAUAGUUACUCGUGGAUGCACUAGAGAGCCAGGGUACGGAGACGGAUGUGAAGGUACCCAGGCCGCCGGUGGUGUUAUUAUCAAAUGUAGAUGUGGCACGGACGGCUGCAACAGCGCAAACUCCAUAUACAGCGUUACGACGUUGACAACUACUGUAAUACUGGCCAUGGUUGUAGCUGCUUUCAACAAGAGAUAGCCGGAGACUACAGCGUUUCAUCACGCCAUUAGCUCCGUCAAUUUUAUGCAAUGUAAUGAUAAACCCCAAUGUGUCUCCAAUAACGAUCGCUUCCACUGAAUAAAUGAUUGGAAGAACGACUCACCAAAAUUACACCAACACCAAGGAUUAUUCCGGAAAGGAUCGAAAAUUAUAACAGUAGUCAAGCAAUGACGUCGAUGUGUUCAUUUUACUGCGACACACAAUCGAAAUAAUUUACAUAAUGCAUUUUGUAGUUUAAUGUUCUGUGUUCAUGUAGAUCGAGAUGUGGUUGAAAGGCCGUGUAGUAAACCUAGACAAAAGUGGACAGCAUUUCCUGUAUCGGAUAACUUGUCCGAUUUUAGAGAGAAAAACACAAAUCGGCAUAAUUCAGAAUGUUCCAAUCUGUAAAUAUGUAAUAUGCGUGACCGUUUAUAUAUACUACUCCACUUGAGAUAGGGGUAAUCAGAUAGGUCAAACUUAAUACACUUAGUACACUUGACAUAAUAUGAGUCAGUUUUGUGUAUCAUGGAAAUAUAUAAAUAUCCCUAUCGAAAGUGGAGUAGUAUAUAACGCUAUAUAAUGUUUACCAUGUAAAGUAGUAAAGUAUUUUAAUCAAGAACGUACCAUUGCUUCAAGUCAGUUUUAAUCCUGACAUUUUGGUAACUAUAUUUAGCAGACACGAAAUGGAGUAAACAUGUCCGUCCUUGAAGACGCACCUGCUGCAACUCGCACGUGCAGAUUCGAGUCUAAGGUAAUUUAGGUAGGCUACCUGGUAUGUUUUGGUCAAAUCAUUGUACAUUUGUAUUUGCGUUUGACCGGCCCAACGCCCAGCGAAGAAAAACACCCCCCAUAUUUACUUCCAUAGAUGUUUACGUAACAUCAUCUAAAUGCGAGUUAUUUGAGAAAGAUACGAAUUUAAAAAAAAGAAAUUAAUCACAAGAGCUUGCGUAGAUAUACUUCGCAUGUCGAGUUCCAUUUCAUCGCUGUACAUAUUACAUACAUCGUUUUGGUAUUUCUAGUGAUAGGAAUAUUAUAUCAACAUUGUGUUACGUUUUGUGAAAUGAACUACAUGUAUUAUUCAUUCUAGUAAACGCAUUAUAAUUCCUUGAUUUUAUGGGAUUUUUCUAAACACUGAUUUUUUGUAUAUACAUUUUAAUAAAGAAAUUAUACCUUUUU